GCCUCUCCUGGUCCUGGGCACACACACACACACACACACACACACACACACCCGUUGCAUCAACCCUGCGCUGCCACCAAACCGCUUGUAAGGAUUUGUCAGCCAGAUGUGACAAGACUGUGAGGAGGCACGUAGGAGCAGAGGGAGAUGUGAUGUUAAUCAGAGCAGAGCUGGUUCCCCUCAUUUGCUGCCUCUCCGAGUUCCUAACGGGAAGCAGUCGACACCAGAGAGCCGUCCAAACUUUGGCUUGUCCUCGUGUCUCCACACUCAGCCCACCACCUAGCCUUUUACGGACCAGACCCUUCAUGGCUCCUCAGGCUAUCUGCUGCACACUGGUGAACUGUAACUGUGACAGCUUCAAGCCCGGGAAGCUGAAGAGGCGGCAAUGUGAGACCUGCAAGCAUGGCUGGGUGUCCCACGCCCUGAGUAAGCUGAAGGUGCACCACAAGUUCCAGAGCAGCCAGGUGGAAAUCGUGCAUUCCAAUGUAGUCUUCGACAUCUGCAGCCUGAUGCUCUAUGGCACCCAAGCCAUCCCGGUCCGCCUCAAGAUCCUCCUGGACCGCCUUUUCUCUGUCCUGAAGCAGGAGGAGGUGAUCCAGAUUCUCAGUGCUUUGGACUGGACGCUGCAGGACUACAUACGAGGAUAUGUGCUCCAGGAUGUUGCGGGGAAGGUGCUGGACCGCUGGGCUAUCAUGACCUUUGAGGAGGAGAUUGCUACGCUGCAGCAGUUCCUGCGUUUCGGUGAAACCAAAUCCAUAGUGGAGCUUAUGGCUCUACAGGACAAGGAGGGCCAGGUGGUGCUGGUUCCCAACACCCUCACCAACUCAGACAUCCGAAACUUCAUUGAGCGUAACACACCUCGCUCGGCUGCCAACCUCUGUACAUCCAAAGCUGAAAACAUGAGCGGCGGUAGCAUGCACCACUUUGAGAACUUCAUCAACAGCAUGGCCUUUAUGCUUCCAUUUCAGCUGUUGGGCUCUGCGCCUGCUCCGUUUCUAGGAUCACCGCUGCAACAGCAACACCAGCCAUGUGGUGUCUCACUGGAGCAGCAGGGUCAGAGGAGGGACGAUCAAGGAAGAGACAACGCCUUCCCUCUUUUACAUCCUUCACUAAACAGCUUUGUAGGUUCCAGCUCCAUCCCAUGCUCUACCGAUUUAGAUCACAGUGGAGGAAAUCCAGUAGACAGCCUCUCCACCACUGCAAAGAUUGAGGCUGAAGAUUUCUCUAUCAGUGACAAUUAUUCAGAUAGAUCCUCCACACCUUGUACUCCAUCACUGAACUCGGAUGUCCCACAAAUGUCCCCUGAUGGAAAGCUGCACUCUCUGGACAGGAGUGGAAGCAGCAGUGGAAGCGUCUCUGGGGGUGCAGGCUCUCUGAAAAAGGGACGUGUGUUUUGCAGUGCUUGUGAGAAGACAUUUUAUGAUAAAGGCACACUAAAAAUCCACUAUAAUGCAGUGCACCUAAAAAUUAAGCAUAAGUGUACCAUUGAGGGCUGCAACAUGGUGUUCAGCUCACUGCGAAGUCGCAAUCGUCACAGUGCCAACCCAAAUCCACGGUUGCACAUGCCCAUGAACCGCAACAAUCGAGACAAAGACCUGAGAAGCAGCCUGUCUGCUGAUGAGAGUUCCCAGGGUGAGAAGAAGACUGAAUACGGCAAUCCAAUUUCCAUUUGCUCCGCAGAAAGUCAGAGGCCAGUGUCCAGCUAUGUGGUGAGCCAUGUCGACAGUGGACCUAAGCUCCACGGCAGCUCAUUCCCCAGCUCUGGCCAGAGUGGAGUCCUCUUCUCUAACCUAAAGACGGUACAACCAGUCCUGCCUUUCUACCGAAGCCUGGUUACACCGGCAGAACUUGCCAACACCCCAGGCACACUACCAUCUCUUCCAAUUUUGUCUUCUUCUGUACCCAUUAAAGCCAUCGCCGAACCCAAAUCCUGCGUGACAGAUCUCAUACCAAAGAAGAAGUCUCGUAAAUCAAGUAUGCCAAUAAAGAUAGAGAAAGACACGAUAGCUCACGCUGACCAGAUAGAAAAGACAAGCAGUUCAGAGGAGGAGCUUCCUUUUCAGGCCAGCGACAUGAACUAUGAAAGUAGCCAAGCUGUGGAGCACAGGUGUACAAGACAACCUGGGCAACAGAAGGACGCAAGAGACGCUUAUGUUGGCAAAGAAAAGGAAGGCGAGGGUAUCAAAAAUUCAAUAAACCACACAUUUGACCGACACUUAGCAGACAAUGAACAAAAAAAAGAAGAAGGGUCGAGACCAGCUAAAACCGUGGUCAUCGACCGUACGUCCUCACCAUCAGAAAACAGCCCACUGGACAAGCAGAACAACAGCUCACUUUGUCAGGAACCCAGUGACAGUGAAGACAGGGAAACCAGGGAACACACACACUCCUUGAACUUGUGUGACAAGAGGUCAGAGGUGACAACGAAUGAAGGCGGAUACAAGGUAACUAAUGGAGGAUCCCCCCAGCCUACCGAGAGGGGAGGACUCGAUGAUUCAGGGUUGUCUCACUUUGACUCAAACCUUUCACCCCCCUGUGAGGUCUGCAGUAAGCCCUUUAAAAACCCCUUCAGCAUCAGGAUGCACUACCAAGACGUACACUUGAAGGAGAUGCACAUGUGCACAGUAGACGGAUGCAACGCCACAUUUCCAUCCCGCCGAAGCCGAGACAGACACAGUGCAAAUCCAAACCUGCACCGCGAGCUGCUGAUGAAAGACUCCCUCAUCCCAAUCACCACUCUCUGCUCACCUUCUUCUCACUGUACAGACAUGGACUCUGUAAGUCAGGACAACUGCCAUGACCAGCAGAACACAGAUCUCCCUCAUCGAGACCAGACUAGUCAGACCUCAGUCAUCUUCAGAGGACACAACCGCAUGGGACUGGUCUUUCCCAUGAGCAAAGUGCCUGCUCCUGCAAGUGGUGAUGAGGUGUCUCCGCUAGCAGAGGCAAACGGCUUGGGGGGAGGAGAACGUAGUGUAAAUGGCAAUAAUGGGAGAGUUCUGGACCUAAGUACUGCCACAUCGACCCCAUCUUGUGGAAGCAGCUGUGCCGAAUUCUCGUGGAACUCUGAUGGAGCCGGCAGUGAGGAAGGGGAGACCAGUAAAGAGGUUGAGGAGGUUCUCCCUAUAGAGGACAGUGAUGAAAGCUGUGAUGAAACUGGUGUGGGGAGGCCAUUUCGAGACGGAAACCUGGGCAGUAGUGAAAGUGGACACCGUGGGCUUCACGGACUUGGAGUUGGGUCUUCAAUUACAUGUCAUGUUUGCCAAAAGGUGUACAGCAACAAAGGAACAUUCAGAGCUCAUUACAAGACUGUCCAUCUACGACUGCUUCACAAGUGUAAAGUCCCUGGCUGUGACACUUCCUUUUCCUCUGUACGAAGCAGGAACCGGCACAGUCAGAACCCAAAUCUUCACCGCAACAUGUCUGCUAACUCAGGUACCGCAGUGGACCAGGAGUAAAGGCAGUGUGCUGGAGGCUAAACCAAUCACAGCUUUUAACCCUCUCAUAAGUGUUGAUAAAAGGACGAACAACUAAGUCCUUCAGGGGAACUUCUGAGUUACAACGUGCUCAUGAAGUACGCACGUGGAGUAACCAGGUCGGUGGGGUUUAACGUUGCACAUCUGCAACACCUGCCUCCAGAGGGUUGAGUAAAAUUAUGCCCCAAUUUUGAAAUGUUGCAAAAUAAAUGAGCAAAAAAAAAAAAAAACCUACAUGGAUGUAUGUUGUGCAGGGAAGAUCUGCUGCCAUGUGAUGAAUUAGAUGGGCACCCGUCUCCGAGUGUUCACGUAUGCGUUACAAUCAUGUAAAAUAGCUGAGAAGGCAAUCAAAUCUUGUGAAGCACUGGCAGUCGUGUGGUUCUGGGUUCUCGUUUUGUAACCGUCUGAGUCAUUCUUCCACCUUAAACCUUUGAGUCCCCGUGAGGUAAAUUAGAAAACGUUAUUAUGCAAAUGAUUUUAUUUGCAAAGGAUUAGAGAAAAGCAGUGUGUGAAGUGACUUCUACACGAGUCAUUUCACACACUGGAGUUCAUUAAGGCCUAGUCCACACGUAGCCGGGGUUUUUAAAAACGAAUAUCCGCCCCUCCAAAAACUUGCAUCCACACCACCACGUUUUAAAAGAAAACUCUGUCCACACGUACCCGGAUAAAUACGUUGUUAAGGACAUGCCAGACCUGUAGGCGGCAGUACUUCCCCCGUUCUUAACCUCGUCCUUCGUCUGUGGUCUUCCGCAAGGAUCAGUAAUUCCUCUUGCAAACACAAACAAGCAGAAAGCGCUUGGACAAUUGAUAAAGCGAGCGCAGCUCUGAGGGCAUCCAUGCUGUCGGCUAGUGUACACACAGGUCGCACACGUGAUGUCAGCAUUUUUUGUCGCGGAAAGUGACGUUGCGGACCUUAAAACUCCGGUUUUGUCCGUCCACACGCAGACACCCAAAACGGAGAAAACGCAGAUCUUCACUUUGGCCGGAGUUUUUAAAAAGAUCCGUUUUCGUGUGGAUGACAGGCCAAAACGUAGAACAAUAUCUACGUUUUGGCAGAUCCCCGGCUACGUGUGGACAGGGCCUGAGACUCUCAAAAGACGGAGGUGUUGUGAGGUCCACCCGGAAGUUAUGUCUUUGUUCUUCUGACCAUUACGUACGCGACCAAAGACCUUUCUGUUUACUGUGUAGCAGGUGUUUCAUUUGGUUGGACAUGUGCAGUAUUUUGUUCACUUUAGCGUUUAGGUUGUGAUUAACGGUGCUAAAAAAGUCGACUUUCAAAUCUAGAAAAGUUUGUUAAUUUAUUUGAAGAGGAGGAAAAAAGGUCUAAAGGAAGACGGACUGUGUAAGAAUGAGCGACUGUGUGUUGUUGUGAGCAGAAAUCAGCCGACUGGAGACUAGAGGUGGACCUGUGGAUGAGUCAAACACUGCUACGAGUCAGGAAACGAGUCGUGUGUGAGCACUGUCAACGUUUGUAAAAUCUCUCAGUAACACAAACGCCACACGUACACAUCUGUCUUUGACCUUCCAUGAACUGUUUUUGUGUUGUUGUGUGUUUCAUUCAAAAACACUGUGCUGUGUAUUUUUGAUGAGUUUAUUGUUGUUUACUGUUUUAUGUAUUUAAUUCCAGUGUGUCACAUUAGGAUCUCGGUUUUCCUUAUUCGGAUUUUGUUUAAAAAACAGAAAUAAUUAAUCACCAGUGCUGAUAAGUUAUGAUGUUUGUUCUGAUUUAAUGUGACGAGUGAUAAAAAAUAAAAGACAUGUUUUCAAAUCCA